AUGAUCUAUGGUGGGCGCCUUAAGGCUUACCUGUCGGCGGAUCUCCCUUCGGACCUUCCUCGCUCUUCUGUAUCGGCUCAGAUUCCGAUAUCCCCUUUAGACGACGCUGACAAUGACUGGGACCAAGUCUUAAACGAGCGCGUGCAGACUUGUUCUGCUAGGGUCCACCAACCGCAGCAGUCUCAAGCUGUCGUAGACGCUCCACCAAGCCCUGCUGCUCCCGUCGAGUCCUCUCAGCCGCUUCUGUCGCAGCAGCUGCAAAAACGCGAGCCCUCUCGGCCAUCUCAAGGGCAUCCGGUUGGCCUUACUUCGCCUAUUUGGUGUCAUUACGAAGAAAAUGAAGCUCGUCACUCGACGGCACAGGCGCCUGACUAUGAGAAUCGGCACCCAACCCAAGAGGCCUUUCGUCGUAAUGCUCCCCCUACCCUGGUUGAUGCAUCGGGUCAGAGACGCUGGAUUGUGGUCCGUAUCGUCGGUCAUGGAGACCCCACGCAUUUUGGGCCGGUUUUGACUCGGCGCCAUCGAAGUGUAGUUCCGAAACGCAUUAUAAGGUCCGACAUUUGA